GCUAAUUUUAACUCAUUCUCUAACGUAUGUUCGCAAACUUCGCAUGCGAAAAAAAUUAUGGCGAUCGGGAAAAAGAUCGAAUGAAGAUAGAUAUUGAUGUCAUCUUGAACCUUCCUACCUAGCAACAAAGUCUGAUGUCUGUUUGAUUGUAUUGAACAUAGGCCAACCAUGGAUAAGAUUCUGCUCGGUAUCGCAGCAUCUACCCACCCAGAGGGGGUCAAGAAAGCCCUCUUCACAAAGAUGGUAUCCACGGCCUCAAAGCCUUUGAACAAGGAAGAGGUGACAACAAUCCUUCAGCUUUCCUCGUCUUGGGUCAUCGGUGAAGAGGAGUUCCUACAGGACAUGGGCCAACAGAUAUUUCAGGCCUGGGCAAAAUACAACCCAGCAACAUAUGAAGAUUUCUUCUGUCAUCAGUUCCUUAUAUCAUCAUUUGGUGAAUCAAUAAACAGCCCCCUCAUGUUGAUCCAGUUCAUAAGUGACUGUUUGAAGACCAUCCAACUCAAGCACGAAACGGCCACCAAGAUCAUUAGGACAGGCGUAGUCAGUCUCUGCCGGAGGUUCCCUGACAUGGCCAUCCAGGGUGAGAUCUGUCGGCUCCUGCGAGCCAACCAAGACUGCAUUCCGGAGAACGAUUUUGCUAUCACCCUUUGCCAGACCCUGAUAACCAACACCAGCAUCCUGGAGAUUCCCAUCGGUGAUGUGGAGCUUAAGACCUGCAUGGCCGCUGUUGGGAGCGUCGGACAUCUCCUGCGGCUAAUCUGGUCCACCAAGCCAACCACUAUCAUCCCGUCCCUCCAGCACGUCUUCAACACCAUCUCCACCUUCUCUGCCGAGGAGUCGCAGAACCCGUCAUUGGCCUUGGGUGCUCUGGUUCAGCACAUCCACAUGAAGGUGGUUGAGGCAGUCACGAAGAGCGCGGUCUCUGAUAUCUCCAUAACGGACGAAAGAAUGACUGUAGCCCUGCAGAGGAUGAUAGACUGGCUCUCCUGGCCGAGCGUUGUCAACAUUGAUCAAUGGAUAAUCACAUUCCUGACCAAUCUAGCCUCUGUUAACAAGUUUACCAUCCUCAUCAAAGUCACAAUGCUGACUGUCGAAACGAUGGUGUCACGGCUGUUUUUCCCCAUUGUCCGAGAUUGUGCCUUCAAUGUGUUUUCUCAUAUGCUCCUCAGCUUUCAACACUCUCCGGAUGCCUUUCAUAAGAUCCUAGGCCAGAUACCAGAGCUGAUGCAGAGACUGUAUGCUGAGGAUACGCCAUCCAGUCAAAGCUUCAGGUCAAAGGUCGCUGAUCUUGUGUAUUGCCUGAUGUAUCACCACGUAGGAUACCCAGAGCUCUAUGAUCCCCUCCUGGAAGCCCUCAAGGGUUUCCCCCGCCCCAGUGAAACGAGUAUGAUGGCCAGGCUGAAGCAGAGUGCCUGGACAUCACAGAAAGGUGGCCUUGGAACAGAAUUCUCUUCAAGGUUCGAGCCCCGCUCUGAUACGGGUAAAACAGGCUUGGUCAACCUGGGAAACACCUGCUACAUGAACAGUGUCAUACAAGCUUUAUACAUGUCAUCAAAGUUCUGCAGUGACAUAAUCACCUACCCACUCUUCAGCAGACAGAGUAUCAUGUAUAAUCUACAACUUUGCUUUGCAUUCUUGGCUCAUACUCAGAGGGCAGCAUACGCUCCGAGGGAGUUCCUGAGAGCGUCAAGACCCCCUUGGUUUGCUCCUGGCUCUCAGCAGGACUGUUCAGAGUUCCUCAAGUACCUGUUGGACCGACUGGAUGAGGAGGAGAAGGGAUGGAGAAAGAUGAUGAAGAACGCGGCAGCAUCCAUCACAUCGUCGCUUUCAUCCCCAUCCUCGUCCACAGCCUCUUCACCGAGACCUGAAGCACAUGAUCAGGAAUGUAUUGACAGAAGUGAUGUGCAAAUGGAAACAGAUACUGUCGAUUCCUCGUCCAGCUCACCCUCAUCUAGUGCAGGCCCACUAGCUUCUCUUUCUCUAUCAGGUUCCAUGAUGCCAUGUCAUCCAACUGAUAGUGCAUGUCUUUCAGUAGAUACUGCCUCCUGCAGCAGUAGUGGCAGCAUGGCCAAGGACUCUAGUAAAUCCUACAAUCAGACAAGAUCAUGGUCGUCACCAAAGAUGAAAAAAGAUGAUAUAUUACCAUCAAAGGAGAGCAUUGUAGAGAAACACUUUGGUGGACAGUCAGCAACGCACAUCCGGUGCUUGAAUUGUGGAACAGUGUCGAGUCGGAAGGAAACAUUUUUUGAUUUGCCACUUGGGUUUCCUGGAACAGAAGGAAGGGAAAAUUUACUUGGAGGACGUUGUGAUACCCCAGCUGAAGAAAGGCAGUCAGAGAAGUCGGAUUAUCCUGCCAUGGAAUUAGCUCAGGAUAGUCGGAGUGUUGUAGGUGCAAGUGCCAUAGCCGCUGCUGUUGGACCCGAUCUUCAUAGCGGUAGCAGAUCAACAAGUGAAGUGCAGAGUGUGGCAGGUUCCAGUUCUGAAGCCAACACCACAAAGACUUCGCUUGAAGACCUUCUGAGACAUUACUUCAGUCCAGAGCUCUUGGUAAAAGAUAACAGGUAUCAUUGUGACAAGUGCCAGAGCUUGCAGGAUGCUGAGAAGUCUCUGGAAAUUAUCAAUGCACCAGAGAUUCUGAUCAUCACACUCCUGCGCUUCUCCUACGAUGUCAAACUGCAGAGACGAUGUAAGAUCAUGGAGGAUGUUCGCUAUCCCAGAAUUCUCCAUCUGGAUGUGAAUCCUUGCGAUGGUGACUGCAGUGUGGACGGGAACCAUGGUGGACCAUGCACAAAGAGGACUCGACAGAAUAGUAUGGGUACUGCCCACUGUUCCACAGAGAGAGACUCUGACAGGACUGUUCAGUAUGUCCUCAGUACAGUGAUAGUUCACUCAGGGAUGUCAUCUGAAAGCGGACACUACUAUUGUUAUGCAUGUGACGAUGUUGAUGAUAUCCAGAGACAGCUUCUGAGGCAGAAAAAGAGCGAAAGGAACCCUGUUGAUGGUACCCAUCCGAAAACCAAUGAAAUGACCGAUGAAGAUCAUCUGCCCAAGAAAUGGUAUCUGUUUAAUGACAGUCGUGUUACUUCUUCCAGGUUUGACUCCUUUGGCAAGGUUACACAGCGUUUCCCACGAGACACAGCUUAUGUUCUGUUUUAUAGGAAGUGUGAUGAUGAAUAUGGGAGUGGUGACUCUAUUGAUUCGGUAAUGCAGAAAGCUGUGCCAUCAUCGUCGUCAUCUUCAUACAUGCCUUCCGUCUUGAAAGAGAAACAUUUGCGGAAAGAUCUCCAAGAUGCAAUCCAAAAAGACAAUCUUCAUUAUAUUCAGGAAAGAGAGAUUGAGGCCCGUGAAGCUGCUUUAAGAAAACAGCGGCCAGCCUCUACAGCGAAGCCGUUCUACUCCAGGAACUUUGACGAUAAGAACGACCCCCCUGGCGGGUGUGGUCUCGGCGGGGGAGGGGGUGGAGGAGGGCCAAGCCUCUCCUCCAAUAGGCUCGUCUUCUAAGGCUCGUUCAGAUACGAUGACGUAAAACUGCAGCAUUUGGUCACACAACCCUAACCAACCAUUUCAAAUUUUUAAUUGCAAUCCAACCUUAGAGGAUGUUGCAAGAUAUUAUUUUCAAUCAAUUGCCAAUUUCUGUUGCAAUUUUACAAUCUGUUAUCUGUAGCAAAUAUAAGUUUUAAACUCCUUGUUGCAAGAAGCAGACUGGCUAUUGAUUACAAGAUGUAAGGUUGAUUUGGGGAACCCAAACAAGAUAAAUUGUGCAAUUAAUCAUGAUUUUCUUGCAAUGCACCAUGGAGUAUACAUGUUAUUCAGUUUUAGACUUUUGGUUAUGCCUUAAUUCUGGUUUCAGAAUUGGUACACAGUAAAAUUCAAAUUGAAAACAAAAUUAAGGAAAAGCGGAAUAUGCAUUCACUCUUCAAAUUAAAUAAAGAUUCACCUAUUCCCCCUCUUGAAAAAUGAGUGCUGUAUUGAAUACAAUGCUAUCAUUAAUAUGUAAAAGUUUUUGUUGCAGUUUAGCACAUCAUAUCUGACCAAGUCUUAAGGUAACAGAGUAAGUGAAUAUUGCAUUGCAUUGAAGCAGGUAUUGUUAUUUCAGAUAUGUACUUAUUACUGGUCUAUACGGGUUAAUCCAUAAAGGCCUAUAUUUUUGCUAUUUAUACUGCUAUUUAUUCAGAAAUAUUUAAACGAAACUGUACAAAUGCAUUUACUUGGAAGAGAGAUAGAUGUGGCAAUUUUGAUCUUCUGAAAGAAUGAAAACUGUUUCAUGUGCGAAUUAGAAAAAGCUCUGGUUAGAAUAAUAAAUAGUUACCUUUUGUUAACUUUCGUUAACUCUUGCUAGAACAAAGAAUUUUUCACUGUCAAUGUAAUGAAUCUAUUAUUCAUCAUUUACAUCUAGAGAAGCUUGGGAAAGAAUGGGAAGAUUGCAAGAUCCCUGUACGACUACCCCACAGCCUCUAUUCCCUGUUCCUUAGGCUCCUUAAAAGCAAUCAUACGAUGCAUUAAGACCAUGUAUACACAUUAUGUCUCCCAAAUAUUACAAUGAAAUCAUGAAUAAUGGUAUCGUACAACACAUACUUCACCAAAGCAUUAAGUCUUAUUUCAAGGUCGGCUAUAAACAAUAUCCCUAUGAAACCUCGGUGAUGGAAUGUGUAGAGCCUUAUUUAUGUUCAAUUUUAGUUCAUUUUAUUUAUUUAAGAGCAAAAACAUCACAUAAUAAUCAAAAUAGACAUACAUACAAUGUAAUUGAGUACAUAAACACACAUCAAUUAGAUUAUGGCAUAGACUAAUUGGUUUAAGGACCCCUUUAAAAGCAAAGCUUGUGAGUGGGGCCCUGGAAUUCUUAUGAUUAUUAACAUAGAAUAUAUUGGAUGUACUAAUCUACAAAAUACCAAAAGAGAGAAAACUCAAGAACUAAAAUAUUUGCACGAGGUUCAACAUCUUGACUGUUGUAUUUUUUUCUUUUCCUCAAGAUCAGUCUUUGUCAGAUCAUCUAUAAAGUAGAAGCCUUCUUUCUUUAGGGCAACUCAUGCCUCCUUCAUAACCUGAAUUUUGUCUUCAUGAGAACAAGUUUUUACCACUAUAUGUCUGGGUUUUCCUCCUUUUCUCCCAACACGUCGAGCACUUUCUACCUUAAUUUUUUAGUCUGAACUUUGAUGAAAGAAUUUCUUCCACAGUCUUGAUACAAUCCUCAUCUUUGCCAUCCUCUACUUCAUCCAAUCCAACAACAUGAAAGUUGUCUUUCUUCGCUAUACGUUCAGCCAAGUUCGCCUCAACAUCUUGGCUAGCAGCCCUCUUUUGUAGCACUUGGUUUGGCUUCUCUAGCCUCUUGAGGCACUUCUCCAGGUCCAAGUUUUUCCUUUCUAAUUCAGUUAUCCUGUGACUCUCAAAUUCCAAGUUCUUCUGGACCUCAAUAUGCCAUUCAGCAUCGACUUGACAUCCUUUUCAAUUAUUUUCUUGAAAUUUUCCAUUGCAGCUUUAAGAUGGACUGUCAGCUGAGGUAAUGCCAAGUGGAGUGGUGGAGCAUGGUUAGCUGGGCCAGUAGAGACGGCAGCAUCACCUUCGAGCUCAUCGUUCAAGAUGUUAAAUCUUCCACUGGUCUCAAUCAUGGAUUUAUUAACAGAUUUAUCUCCUUUAUAAGACAUGUUGAUGAACAUGCUUAGUUCCAUGUUAACAAGGGUAGUAAGAACUAUACACGAAGAAUGAAAUAAACGAUGGAGAGAUGGUAUUAUUGGUGAUAGUGAAGUAGGAUUUAGGGAGAGAUCUUUAAACACUCUUAAAUUAGCUGUUCAAUCGUAUUUGGCCAUUGCAUAAGUCUUCUUCAUCACAGAUCUGACAUUGGUUUGUUCAAUGUUUCUUCCUAAUGGAAAAACUGAUAUUCAUGUUCCUGAAGAGGAGCCAUCAAGAAGUUGAUGAGCGUUCCCGUCUUUGCACCCACCACACUUGAGAAUCCGGCAUUGCCGAAGAAUCCAAUCCGGUCAGUAAGGACUGCCUUCGACCUUGUGUCUGGAUUAUGUUCUGUUCCAUUCACUGAUGAAAUUGUGCCCGUCAUACAGUUUCUCACAGAUGCUGCUGCAAUGUUGUUACCUUGAAAAGUGAGGCACAGCUGUCCCAUUUUAUCAAGAAGAUCUUGGUAGCACACCAAGUGUAGGAUGAAGUUGAUUGACUUUAUGAGUCCCAUAGACUCUCAUCUUUGCAGCAUCUGCAGUGCUGGCAUCCUUUCUCUGAUUUUAGCAAUAUUAAUUGUUCAAUGGUUAAAAUAAUUCAAGGUAUUUCUUUCUUUGCUCUUCAAGCAAAUCUGUGGUACCCAGUAAAAACCCUGUAUUACAUCUUGUAUGUAAGACAAAAUCAUCUAGUUCCCUGAGAAGUUAAGUAACACAAAGGCAGUAUUUUCAUCCAAGUUUUCUUGACACUGUUGCAUGUAGAUUACCUUGAGCUUUAGCACUUUAGUGAUGGGAGGUAUGUUUGUCCAUCUAGUCAACAAGUGAGGUGACAGAUUCCUCCAACAUAGACUGAUCAGACAUCAGGUCCAUUCUGUCAGUGUGUACCCACUGCUUUGUAGGAGAUUUCAUUGUCGUAAUAAUAUUCCCCACUCGGCAUCCUUGAUACAUGUAGAUGUCUGCUGAAAGCCUCUCUCCUGAGCAAUGCACACAUCUAUGUAACCUUCUUAUUGUUUUUCAUGUCACACACCAUUACUCCUACGUGAAAUUUGUAGUCAGAUGCAUUUUACUCGUGUGAGGUCAUAUGAGUUUCGCACUCUGAUGGUAGAUGCAUGCAUAAACUGCAUGGCUUCCACUAGCUGCCACAGAAAUGCACCACUUAGGUUGCAAUUUGAAGAAUAUAGUCUUGUCCAUGCUCAGAAUUGUGACUUCAUUUAAGGGUAGCUGUGCUCUUGGUUCACUACCUUAACAAAAACACCAUCAAUUAAAAUAACUGUAAUGGGAAUUUGCUUCCACUGUGUGUGCAGUAUGGUAAGCUCUUGCUUACAUUAAAGGGUACAGGGCCCUGUUGCAUAAAUGUUAUCAUUGCGGUAAUGGAUAUUAUAUAGUGGCGUUCAGUUAUGUGAUAAAAACAAAGCUCCAGAUAAAAAGGAAAUUUUGGAAAUCUAAAUAUUUCGUUUUAAGAUUAGAUUUUCUUUUCACCAAAAAGGGGUUUCUUUCACACUAACCCCCACCAAAUAGGUCACUGUCCCAGUGACUAUAUUAUAAUA